GCGCUGUGCGGUCACGUGAGGCGCGGCGGUCACGUGGGGCGGGCCCGCCAUGCUGUCCCGGCUGCUGAAGGAGCACCAGGCCCGCCAGAGCGAGCGGCGCGAGCUGCAGGAGCGGCGCCGCAGGGACGCGAUCGCGGCCGCCACCCGCCUCACCGAGGCCUUGGUCGAUCACCUCAACGUGGGGGUGGCCCAGGCCUACGUGAACCAGCGCAAGCUGGACCAGGAGGUGAAGACGCUGCAGGUGCAGGCGGCGCAGUUCGCGCGCCAGAGCGGCCACUGGAUCGCCAUGGUGGAGAGCUUCAACCAGGCCCUCAAGGAGAUCGGGGACGUGGAGAACUGGGCCCGCAGCAUCGAGCUGGACAUGAGGACCAUUGCCACCGCCCUGGAGUACGUCUACAAGGGACAGCUGCAGCCCUCCUGCUCCUGAGGGACCCCUGGGACCCCCCCUGACCCCCCCUGACCCCCCCAGACCCCCCCCAAAACCCCCCAGCCCCCCAGGUACCAGGGGGGUCUCCCCGCAGCCUCCUGGGCACCCCCAGCGCUGGGAUGAUGGAAUAAAUCGGGGGGGGGGCUCAGGGGGGUGUGAGGGGGGGUCAGGCCGGGUCAGUGGGGCCCUGGCACAGCCCCCUCCCCAAUCCCCCUAAGCCCCCUCAUCCUCUUUAGUGCUUAA